GUCCCUUGCUAGCUGCAUUUUGGCCUUUCUGAUUUCAUCCCUGCAUGCCUGAGCAAUACUUUUCUCCUCCUCCCUAGUCAUAUAGCUAAAGUUUCCACUUGUUGUAAACUUCCUUUUUGUGUUUUAGCUCACUGAAGAGCUCCCUGCCAAGCUGGACUUCUGCCAUAAUUGCUAAUCGUCCUGCACAUCAGGAUGGUUUGUUCCUGUGCCCUCAGUGAGGUUUCUCUAAAAUAGGUUUCUCCAGCUCUCCUGGACUCCUCUCUUCUCCUCAGACUGGUCUCCCAGGGGAUCCUGCCCAUCUGUUCCCUGGGCGAGUUGAAAUCUGCUUUCUGAAGUCCAGUUGUGGACGUUGGACCACUUACUGAUUUGGUCUGAAAGAAACCAGCAGCUUCAUAGCUAAUAGGUGGCAACAUAUAACUUGGUUAGAUAAUAAGGAAAAUAAACCAGAUAGUCCCAUAGACAUGUGCCUCCAGAAGGGAGGAGGGCAAUUUAAUGGCCAAAUGUGGCUUAGACAUAUAUUGGGAGUAAGGAGGGACAGAUGGAGUAUGUAUGAAUCAUGCAUCAAAAAGAAAUGCAUCAAAAAGAUUUAUAACUUGCCCAUAACCUUUCUGGAUAGGUCAGGAUAUAAAUAUUAUUCCUGUUACUAUUAUGUGAACAGAUUUUCAUGAGGAAGGGAAAAAUAUCCAGUGCCAAAUAUCAAAUCUUUGCUUUAUAGCAUGGCAGCCCAAGGGCACUCUACUGAACAGGCUGCCAGAACUUGUUAAACUUCAACAUUUUUUUCCUAGCUUAUUCUGGGAAAUGGCAGAGGGUCGAGGUUUAGCCCCCAGAGCCCGAUCCCAGUGUGCAGGGCAUGAUCUGGCCCAUGAACCUGCCCUGCGCCAUUCACAACAGCGAGCAUCACUACUAGAAGCAACUCAAAGUAGAGUCUUGUAAUACAAGGUGCUGCCAGUCACGCUUACAAUACAUCUGUAUUUAUAUAAGAGAAGAGGCAGUUAUGUGCAUUAGUUUGAAGUCUGACAGAAGGCAGGGUAGACGCCGCACCUUAUAGACUGACUGAAUCGGAUAUGUGUAAGCUGUCUCUUUGUAUAAGUAAUGUGUUACAUAAUCACAUUGCCCUUUUGUUUCUUCCCUUUUAUAUUGUUGUACAGUCUUAUAACUCUAGAAGACAACUCAGGUAAGUUGUUUUUCCACUUUAUAACAAACUAGAAAUUACCAUAUUUACUCAGUUAGAAAAUGAGGCUUCUCCCCUUUUAACAUGGGGGAACAAGCGCCUUGCCUUACAAUAAAGUAUGAAGUGGGAGGUGUGGGGGGCAGGCAACUGUUUCGGCUCUGGCUCCAACCCAAAGCUGGAUCACGGUGCAUGUGCUCCAGCCCAGCCCUGUAGCAGCCGUGCCAGCUUUGCGCUGCUGCUAUGGGGCUGGUCUGGAGCCAUGCGCAGUGCCCCAGUCUGCAGCAGAGAUGGAGCCCACUGACAAGGAGCAAAGGUGAAAGUGGGGAGGGGCAGGUAGAGACUUGCCGGGGGUGGGGACCCAAGGCUGGGCAGGGGGCAGAAGUGGCAUGGAGGGGGCAGGGGAAGGGGGUCAGGGACCUGAGGCUGCAGGGGUAGGCAUAAUGAGGGCAGAGGGACAUGUGCCAGGGAGCACACUGCUUGCCCCACCACUUCCCACACUGCCUGUCCCCACUGCCCCCUCCAUGUGCUGCCCCUUUACUGUCUGUCUACCACGUGACCUACCACCUGCCCUUCCGCACUGUCUGUUCCCCACCAUCUGCCCCAUCGCUGCCCCCAUCACCUGCAGUAGUGUGGGUGGGUGGAAUUUAAGAUGAUCCUCCAAUAAUUAGAUUCCAUACAUGGAAAGUUAUAAUACAUUUAUAAAUUUUCCUUUAAUAGAAUCUACUUACUGGGGGGUCAUGUUACAUUCAGGGUUGUCUUGUAUUCAGGUAAAUACAGUAUUAACUUGUUCCAUUGGAACUGAAAAUUCACUUAAAAUAAAACAAGUACAUCUGAAGGCAUACAUGUAACUGAAAGCAAACCAGCAUUUGUGAGCUAGAUAAAGAUAUCAGUUUUAUGUAGCUUCCACUUAUAGCUAGCCACUUUAAAAGUACAGUAUAGUUGUGCUUAGCAAAGGUGCUUUGAUUUAAAAACAAAACAAAACAACACUCCUCCAAAUUCAGGGCACCUUCUGAAUAUUGAAGUGCUGAACAGCCUGUUUUAAGUUCCAUGUUAAGGCAAAUACCUCAGUGGAAAAUGUGAUCAGCUGGAAGGAUUUGCACAAUCAAGUUAAAGGAUAUCUAGGGUUAUUUUAUUCCAUAUAGUCCAACAUGGCCAUGGAGGAGGAAAACGUAACCAUCGUCAUCAAUAGAGAUGUUUAUGAAAUCCUUAAGAAGAGAGAGGGCUGUCUACGUGACCUGCUUUGGAAGAAGUUUGGCUGCACGCCAGUCUUUAAGGGUAGACCAUGCCCCGUUGAAGUGUACAGGAAAAGCCCCAAAAGAGGAAUUGAGCUUUCUGUUUGGAUGGAUGAUAUUACAACACACAAUGCUGAUGCAUUGGUCAAUGCAGCUAAUGAAUUUCUGAAUCAUGGUGCAGGACUUGCUUUGGCUCUUGCAGAAGCUGGGGGGCCAGCUAUUAAAGAACAGAGCAGACUUCAUAUUGAACGCUAUGGGACACUCAAGGCUGGGGACAUAGCAGUAACAGGUGGAGGCAAGCUUCCUUGUAAGGCAGUUAUCCAUGCUGUAGGCCCCAGGUGGCUGGCAUGUUACAAGGAUGAAUGCUGUCACAAGCUUGAGGUAGCUAUUACAAACAUCCUGACCUAUGUUAAUAAACCAGAGAGUUAUAUCGGGUCAGUGGCUAUCCCUGCAGUGAGCUCAGGAAUUUUUGGCUUCCCACUAGAUAUGUGUGCUUCUGUGAUCGUACACACAAUAAAAACAUUUGUGGAUCUGGCUCCAGUAUUUCCCCAUUUGAAAGAAAUCCGCUUGGUGAACAUUGAUGAGCCCACAGUUGCAGCAAUAAAACAGGCCUGUGAAGCAUGCCUGGGCAGUAGCGACACCAGUGCACUUCAAGGCACUGCGCCAGCUUCAUCCAGCUCGUCUCCAGAUUCCAUCACCAUCAAUGGCCUUCCCCUACACAUCAAACGAGGGCUCAUCGAAAAUCAGCGUACCGACAUUAUUGUGAAUUCUGUUGGCAUGCAUAGUGAUCUAAAGGUCGGAGAGGUAUCAAAAGCCAUUCUGGGAAAAGGAGGACCAUCUCUUGAGAAGGAAUUUCAGAACAACUUGAAAAAACAUCUACCAUUUUCUGAAGAACAACUUGUAUGGACAAAAGGACACAAUUUGGCAAGCAAAACUGUGCUCCACGUAGUAUGGCCAUAUUCUAUUGGUGAUAAAUACAAGGUACUCAAAACUGCAAUGGCGAAGUGUCUGCUUGAGUUUCCGUCUGCUUCAGUUUCUUUCCCUGCAUUAGGGAUUGAGAAGUUACAUCUCGCAAAGGAUGAAGUGGCAGGUAUUAUGAUCGAUGAAGUUCUCAAGUUUGCAAAGGAACAGCCCUCAAAAAAAAUAGAAGUAUUUUUUGUGCUUCAUCCAAAUGACAAUGACGUGUAUAAGGCUUUCAAAAUGAAGCUUGAUUCAGCAAAACGCCAGCUGGGAGAGAGGAUGGUUAGCAAUAAACACCAGAGUCUGGGUUCAGACAGACAAGCUGAAGCAAAGAUUAAGAAAGAUGCACCAGUCAUUGUACUUAGCGGAAAUAGAUGCGAGACACUGGAAGCGGCACAAAUGUGGAUCAAAAGCAUAACAGAAGUCCAGAAAAGUCACCUUUUCCGGAUAGAAAACCACCACAUUUUUAACUUUGGCAAAAAGGAGUUUGUGGAACUGUCUCGUCAGCAGUCCUUGGGUGUGUCCAUAUCAGAAGAGGUGAAAGGUGGAAAGACCAGAUUAGAGAUUCAAGGUUCUCCUGAUGCUGUGAUUGAAGCAGUAUUUGCAAUUGAAAACAUGCUGUAUUAUGUGCAAGAGAAGAAUAUAGUCAAACAAGAGGAAAUGCUGCUGUCUGAAGGACAACAGGGAACUGAUCCUAUUUCAGGAAGACACCAACACCAGACAAGACCAUCCACAAUCCAGUACCAGACCAUGCUGGUAGAACCGAAAUGUCAGGAAUUCGGGGACAGAAAGAGAUAUUUUGAAAAAAACGGUCUUCGGAUUCUUAAGAUAGAGAAAAUACACAAUCCUGUUUUAUCAACGGUCUUCCAACAGCUUCAAAGAAAUGCAGAAUUGAAAAAUAAAGGCAAGCAAGUGUGUCAAAGGCUGUACCAGCGUGUUCCCGCUCAGUUUUGUAGGCUGGUGUGCCGAGCUGGUUUUCAGAGACUGUAUUCCCCUCCACCAGAAAAAGCAUAUGGAUCUGGUAUCUACUUUAAAAAGAACCCCAGAAACUUAAUAGAGGAUAAUGAGCAAUGUGACAAGGACCAUCUUAUUUGUGUAUUUGAGGCAGAAGUAAUAACAGGCUCUUAUGCCAGAGGUGGGCCAUCUUGCAUUGUGCCACCAGCCUUUGAAGUCGAUGGUAAAAGUACAUACAAAUUUGACAGUGUAGUAGAUGAUGUCCACGACCCCACCACCUUUGUCAUUUUUAACAGCAAACAGGCUCUUCCAAAAUAUUUGCUCACUUGUCACCAGAUUCAAACUGAUGGUCCAGGAUCUUCUUGGAUCUGUAGCAAAAUGGCAGGUUGGAGUUUACCAGGAUUAUGGGGUAGUAAAGAAUCACCGAACCACGAACACAGAGGCUCUCCCAAAACAAAGUACUAGUAUUACCAACGGUACUGCAGAAAUAGUGCCUUCUAGGCCAGUGCUGGCUGAAAUAUCCACAUUUGUAUACAAUUAAACUACAUACAACUUUAUACUGGAGUAGGGUCCUGAAUACAGUUUCUAAUUCUCUUAUUGGUUAAGAUAGCACAGAAGUUUUAUUUUUCCAUAUGUAUCCAACGCUAUGCAUUUUAAACAUAGAAACCUUAGUCGAGUUUGAAUUCAUGUUUAGUCACAGAAAUUAUGUUUUUUCUAUAACUGAAGCAAUGCCUUAUCAACAUGAAAUAACACUGUGCAAAAUAAUUACAGUGGUUUUACUUAAACAUUUAUUUACAUUGUUAAUUUGAUUAUUGUAUUUUGAAUUCAGGUGGGAUACCUAUCGUUAUACCUACAGGACCCACAUUA